AUGGCGGACCGCGACGAUGAGGUGGACGCGUUCGAUGCCAUGAUGGGCAUCGACGCCGACGAGUUCGCGACGCUCCUCGACGAUGCCGAAGACUCAUCGGACGGCGGGCAAGACGCGGACGACGCGCCCAAGCUGCACCGCGGCGGGGUCCCGGUGCUGGACCUGCCGGACGUCACCCCGUCCGAGUUUCGCAGGCGCUUCCUCGCGACGAGGUCGCCGGUCGUCCUUCGCGACGUGCGCCGCGAGUGCGCCCCGGCGCACCUCGGGUGCCGACAUUUUCGCGAGCGGUACGGGGACGUCGUGGUGCCGCUCGAUAUCACGGAUACGAACCGGCGCGACGUGCGGUUGGCGGAUUUCCUCGACGCCGUCGCCUCCACGUCGGGAAGCGGCGGCGACGAGGGUGCCGACGAUCUCCGUUCCCGAUACCUCCGGAACCUCCAGAUGCACGAGCAUUUCCCGGCUGAGGCUGCGCAGCUGUCGCUCCCGAGAUGCUUCGGCGAGAACAUGCUGAGCGACGAGGGGAAGGUGCCGAGGUGUCCGGAGAACUGGCGUCGAUGGUUCGAGCUGUUCGUGUGCCACCCGCGGUGCGCGGGCUUCCCGUUUCUUCACAAGGACACGUGCCACGUGCACGCCGCGAGCUUCCAGCUCGAGGGGCGAAAGCGUUUCACGCUCUUCCACCCCGACGAUUCGCCCUUCCUCUACCCCACCGGCAACACCGGGUGCCGCUCGCGGAUAGACCCGGAGGCAUUCGGGUCAGGCGGGACGAGCAGUGAGAUCUUAGGACGGUUUCCCGCGCUGGCGAGCGCGAGGCGAAUCGUCUGCGACGUGGGCGCCGGCGAGAUCUUGUUCGUCCCCGCGGAUUGGUGGCACACCGCUCGCGCGAUUGGAACGUGCGCGAGCGUCAGCGUGGCGGCGAGUUUCGUGGACGCGCAGGGUUUGGAGGCGUUCCUGGACGCGUACGGGGAGUUCGAGGCGAUGCGAUCGCUCGUCGAGCACGGCGCCGGCGUCAUCACGUGA